GGGCUGCUGGAGGCGGAGGAGGAAGACGAGUUUUACCAGACGACAUACGGGGGCUUCACGGAGGAAUCGGGCGACGACGAAUACAAAGGGGACCAGUCCGACAGCGAAGACGAAGUGGACUCGGACUUUGACAUCGACGAAGGGGAGGAGCCCAGCAGCGACCAGGAUGACAGCGAGCCCAAGCGGAAGCGGAGGGUGGUGACCAAGGCCUACAAGGAACCCAUUAAAAGCCUGAGGCUGAAGAAACCUGACGUCCCGGCCUGCAGUUCGCAGAAAACCAGAGAGGAGAGGUCAGCGCCAGUGGAGCUCCUGGAAGACGCGGCGGACAGCCGGAAGCACAUGCGUCAGUCGACCACGGAGCACACCCGCCAAACCUUUCUGCGCCUCCAGGAGCGCCAGGUGCAGUCCAAGCGCAAGAAGGGGGCCGGCCCAAGCUAUGACAGACCGCUGACCCAGGAAGAGCUCCUGAGAGAGGCCAAGGUCACCGAGGAGCUCAACUUGCGCUCUCUGGAGACGUACGAACGCUUGGAAGCAGACAAGAAGAGGCAAGUGCAGAAGAAGCGGAAAUGCACGGGCCCCACCAUCCGCUAUUAUUCGGGGACAAUGCCCCUCAUAUCCGACCUGGGCUACAAGGAGGAGAACGUGGAUGUGGAGGGGUUAGAGCAGGAGGCUCACCCGGAGGCCCCCUCGGCUGCUGCUCCGGCCGGGAAGUGUUCCCGCACCUUCGUCACGUUCAGCGACGACGAGACGUUUGAGCGGAUCUUCCCCAAAUCCCCGCCCCCCAAGCUGCCCGUGAAGGAGAUCUGCCCCGUCACCCACAAGACUGCCAUCUACCGUGACCCCAUCACAGACAUCCCGUACUCCAACAUCCGGGCCUUCAAGAUCAUCCGGGAGGCGUACAAGAAGUACAUCACAGCCCAUGGACUGCCCAGCGCGGGUGCCUCGGCCGCCCGGGCGGCGGGCUCGCCGGUGCCGGACCCUGGCGUGCGGGCCACCAGGCAGAAGAUCAUAAUCAAGCAGAGCGUGCCAGCCACCUAAAUCACAGGCGGCCUCUCCGUUUCCGCAAAAGGGUCUCCUCGUGCGAGUAAAUCGGUGUCAUCUUUGGCGCUCUCGAGAGGCAACAAAAGCAGCGUUAACAAGCUUCUCCGCUUGUUUGGGGGUCGUCUUAUGCCGCCUCAAAGCCGUCCUACAGUGCCAGCAGGGUCCAAAGGAUUUCGUUUUGUUUCUGGUUUAUUCCUGUCCAGUUGCUGCACAUCCAGAUGGUGGAGCUACCCCUGAGCACAAGCAAAACUCUGAUCUAUGGUUAAUAACCAGACAUGUGCCACGAUAGGCGCUGCUACCAGCUCAUUCACAGCUGUCCUGCAACCGCACUGCUUCUUCCCUAAAACAUCCUGUUUGAUUUUUCUUC